AUGCAACCAACAGGGCUAGGCAUUAGUGACUUGCUGAUUGUUUGUGUUGAGUUCGUGUCGAGGUCAUGUCGAUGCUUUGGUUGGCGGCAUGUAGAAGCCUCCGCAUUUCAGUGUCCAUACCACACGAAUAAAGAAAAGCACAACCAAACGCCGAAAACCUUCUCCUCAUCUCAUGCAGUCCAUACUGGGGAUAUCUGGAGCCGGAAGCGUGUCCAACCAACCCAUCUUGUGAAGACGAACCGAGGUUGUGGAUACGAAUACAUCAACAUGGCGCAACAGGCAGAACCGAGAUGGCCAGAUGCCUGA